AUGCCAGAAAAGCUAUAUCCCAUUCAUCCGUCCCAGGAACAUCGAUUGAACGCAGAGUACAAGGCUUUUUACAAUGAAAAUUCCAUUGCCGCGCCCAAGAUUCAUACGAUUCCCAUCAGCGUGAUCCGCUCCAUACCCCGACGGCCGUUUCCCGGUAGUGGUCCUGAGAUUCCGGUGGGCAAAAAGGAAGACAUUCUCAUCGCUCUAGACUCGGGCCCGACCAAAGGCGUGACGAUACCGACUCGCUGCUACACGCCGCCCGGCUCGGCACCGACCGGGGGGUGGCCGGUCCUCGUCUUUUACCACGGCGGCGGCUGGACGCUCGGCGGUCUGGACUCGGAGUUGGACGUCAUUACCAACAUUUGCACACGCGCCAAACUUGCCCCCGAACACGCAUUUCCCGCCGCGGUAGACGAUGCCUGGGCCGCCCUCCUCUGGGUCUCCAAGGAAGGCCCGGCCAGGCUCGCCAUUGACGCAGCCAACCUCGCCGUCGGCGGCACCUCGGCCGGCGGCAACCUCGCCGCCGUCAUGGCCCAGCGCGCGGCGGCGGCGCGCGGCGGGCCCGCCAUCAAGACGCAGCUCCUCAGCAUCCCCGUCACGGACAAUACGCGGACGCCCGACAACAGCGCGUGCUGGCGCGACCUGCAGCACUCGCCCGCGCUCUCGGCCGACAUUAUGCUGUGGUUCCGCGACUGCUAUCUGCCCGGGGGGGGGCCCGGCCGCCGCCGCGGCCUGGGCGCACCCGGAGGCGAGCCCGCUGCUCUGGACGGGCGACUGGGCGAGGCGUUUGCGGCAAAGCUAAGGCAAGCCGGCGUGGGCGUGCGUCUCGCCAUGUUUCACGACCAGCCGCACGUUUUCCCGAGCAUGAGCGGCGUGCUGGAAGACGGGCGUCGGGCCGUCACUUUCAUAAAAGCUAGCUACACCCGCAGAAACUCGUUUCAAAUUUAG